AAGGUAAAGGGGACGUCCGACACAAUGCGGAUAAAUAAAUAGAACUUCCUCACCCACGUUCAGUUAUAACGUAAUUGUGUUUACACCACUGCACUACCUCAGCCAUGACAGCGACUUCAGCCUCCCCAGCGGGAGGGUCCUUCAAAGACAUGCGCAAGAGCUUCCUCAUCGCCUUGGGUAUUAGUUUUGCCCUCUUACAGCUUCUGUUUUUGGGUAAUAUGUGCUAUCUUUACGGGACACAAUAUCGCGACAGCACUCGUUUCCAUAAUUUGAAGAUGCUCUACGUUGAUUACGAUGGAGAUGUGGUCGGUCAAUCAGUGGUCGAUGCAUACGGCAUACUGCGCAAUGACGAAUUUCCUUCACUUAUCCAGUCACCCGCUAGCCAAUAUCCUACUCCAAAAGACGUGAAGACCGCAGUCUGUAAAGGCGACUACUGGGGCGCAGUCUACGCCCAUCCCGGGGCGUCGUCGAACCUAUCCGCGGCCUUGGCCACGGGCCACGGCAACCGAACUUCCCUAACGUACAUCUGGAAUGGAGCACGGUACCCGGCCUUUUCGCAGAGUGCAAUCUACUCCAGCAUCAUGAGUCUGGUCCAGGUGACGAAGUCGGCGUACUACUCCCGCAACGCAUCGAAUGUCCUCGCCACUGCCCCCCUCUCCAAAAACCCGGCCAGCUUACAAGCCUUCCUCGAUCCCAUCCAAGCAACCGAGAUCAACAUCAAGGUCACCGAGCAAGGUGGCCGAGUCUUAUACAACACCGUCUCGAUGGUGAUGCCCAUCAUCCAACAGUUCUUCUUCAUGAUGGCCCUGAACGGCAUCUCAGCGCAAUUCCACCUCUACACCAAACUAGGACCUAAGCGCAACGGUCUCCUCCGCAUGUGCGUCUCUCUCGCCUACACCUUCAUCGGAUCGCUGUGCAUGGCCGGAUAUAUCUGGGCAUACAGAGAGUCCUGGGACGUCAACAGUAACCAAUUCGUGCUGUCCUGGAUGAGCGUCUGGCUAUACAUGCACAUCAACUUCCUCAUCGUCGAUAUCCUCACCGCGUUCAUUCCCAUGCAAUUCCUCCCCUUCUGUAUCCUCACAUGGGCGAUCACCAACGUCGCAAGCACGAUCAGCCCCUUCGAACUUAGUCCCGGGUUCUAUCGCUGGGGAUACGCCCUCCCCGCUCACGAGCUAUACCAGGUCCUCGUCCAGAUCUGGAGCGACGGUUGCGAGGACCAGCUGUAUCGGGCUCUCUCGAUCAUGUUCUCUUGGUGGAUAGCCUGUCUGGCUAUCGUUCCCUUUGCAAUGAACCACCGGUGUAAGGCUGCUGUGGCAGCGGAACAGGCUGCUAGCAAUUCCUCAUUCGAUAAUAAGACGACCGUUUCACUGCCGGAAAGCACCGAUCGUGGUGCGACGCUGCACUCGCGACAAUCGAGUACGCGGGAGAUCAUCCCGCAGGGUCGGAGGCAGACGGCUGAGUCUAUUCGCUUGGAGCACGUUGCGUAUGGACCGAGUUAUCCCACUCCCGGGGUGAGCGGGGAUGAGCCGUGA